AGCGAUCGUUGUCAUGCGAGGGCGUCCAAUGGCGGACAGGCUAAACAAGUGCGUCAUGCUUGUACAUUAUUGAUAUUUGUCUGUCGAGAUAUUUAAAUCAUCUAAGAUACACAAACGUUUGAAUGUCAGUAAACAGAGACCACUGAAUGAUGUUUAACGAGACGGUGAUGUUUAUUCAGAUUGAAAAUGGGUAAUUAACAUCAUAAUUACAGUAAUACCUGAAGCACGCGUUGGAAAUUUCAUAUUUCAUUUUUUUUAAAAGAUAUGUGGCGGAAUCGAUGAAGGAAAAAAAUAAUUAGAAGACGAACCGAACUAACUAUGGCAGCAUCCAAGUCACUUUUGGAUAGUUUGAAAAAACCAGAACCAACAAAUUUUAGAAUGACUGACUUUCGACGGGAUCUUCAUUUGCGUCAUAAACGUGAAGAACAUGCGAAAAAAGAACGACUUAAAGCUCUGCAAGAAUCUAAAUAUGUUCCUAAAUAUGCCAUCACCGUGGAUACUUCAAGGGCUCGAUCAAAUAACGAUGUCCUGAGAAUGUGCAUCAAGGAAUUGGGAUUUAAAGAGUAUCCAUUUGGGCGUAAGGAUAAUUGCUGUGAUGUACAUUGGCAUGCUUGUCACUUUGAAGACAACCCAGAGGUAUAUGGAGGAAAAGUCAAUAAAUUUCCAGGCAUGGGAGAGAUCUGCAGCAAGAUGACAUUAUUCAGAUGCCUAGACAUAAUGAGAGACUUAUUCCCUACAGACUAUGAUUUUUAUCCUAGAACUUGGUAUCUGCCUGCUCAGUUCCACGAAUUUUCAUGCGAGAUACGAAAAAUGCAUGAGAGACGAGUGAGACCGAAACCCACAUUUAUAGUAAAACCUGAUACGGGGGCCCAAGGGGAUGGAAUUUAUCUGUUAAGGGAACCCAAUGAAUACUCUUCAUUCAAUGGCAAAUGUCAUGUUGCUCAAGAAUACAUGUCAAAUGUGUAUUUGAUUGACAAGUUCAAAUUUGAUCUGCGGAUCUAUGUUUUAUUGAAAAGCUUAGAGCCAUUGGAAUUCUAUAUUUGCCAAGAAGGACUUGCCAGAUUUUCUACACUUCCUUAUGAAAAUCCUACUAACAAAAAUAUACAUGAGUCUUUCAUGCAUUUAACUAAUUACUCAUUAAAUAAGCGAAGCUCAACAUUCAAUCGUUCAGAACGAGAUGACGAGGGAAGUAAGAGAACAGUAACUAGUGUGUUGCGUAGAAUUGCCAUGAACGGACAUGACAGUACUAAAGUGUGGAGAUCUAUAGAGAGGAUAGUGUGCAAAACUAUUGUGGCCAUUGUUCCGGAAAUGAAAGUGGAAUAUCAGGCAGCCAUUCCACCAGGAAAAACUGGAGCAUCAUGUUUUCAGGUGCUAGGUUUUGACAUUCUUCUGCUCCAUAAUUUGAAGCCUGUCCUGUUGGAGAUUAAUGCCAGUCCUAGUCUUAGUUUGGACAGUGAACAGGAAAUUGCUCCUGGAGUGUUUGAAUAUGUUCAUAGUCCAAAGGAUGAAGAAAUUAAGUUCCCACUCAUAAGGGAUACAUUGCUUCAUGUGGUGCCAUUGGAGAAACUAAAAUAUUAUCGGAAAAGAAAGAAACGAAGAAUGCUAAGGAAACUUAAGGCUUGUACCUCACACAAAAUGAAACGUCCAGAGCCGUUAGUGAAGCAGAGGACAUCAAUCGUUAUCAUCAAGGCUGAUGAGUCUGAUGAAGAGAAGAGGGAGGUGGACGUCACUCAACAAAUGUCAGAAAUGCAUAUGGAUGUCGACAGUUCAACUGUCAGUCAAGGAGAGAGUACAGGAAGAGAUGCCAUCUCAGAUGAUGAACAAGAAUCAAAUAUGAAGUCUGAUAUUGAAAUAGAGGAAGAAGCAGACAACUACUAUGAAAACAAACUGAAGGAAAGCUGUUUAAAGCAACUGUAUCCCGCCAUUUACGAUGAAGAAUGUGAGAGAUACAGAAUUCUGGAGAGGGUGGCAGGACUCUUCAUUUACUUCCUUGGAAUAAGGGGAUCUCUGAGAAUUGGUCCAACAGGAUUUAGAACCUUUGCCAGAAAAUGUCGACUGAAUAGAAAAGGCAUGACAAAUGCAGCUGUAGAUAUCAUGUACAUAGACCUACAGAGACGAUGGGAUCACAUGAAUCCAGAAAGAACAUCUGUUACAACAUUGAGAAAAUUGCUGAAAAUUCCUGUAAGUGACCCAGUAGUUUGGUUGCUGGUUGCACCAGAAUUUGUUCAUUUAAGGAUGGAUUCUUCUCAUAUUUAUCUAAUACCUUGAGAUGUUAUAUUUUAAUAUUAAUAUAAAAUAUAUUUGAUGUAAAGUCUUUCAUCAGUAUGGGCACUUUCAGUGGCAUUUGUUUUUUAAGAACACAUCUUGUUUUAUACUGUUGCUGAAUAUUAGGCUUAGAUAUGCAGAAUAGGAAAAUCAUCAUAGAUUUCACAGCCCUUGGGGCUAGUAAACUUUUAACUAAUGCUCAGGUGACCAAUAAAGCUUGUGGGCCUCUUGUUUACAUUUAGAAUCAAGUAUCGGUGUCUAACGUUUUCAAUGAAAUGUUUCAGAAUUGAAGUUUUGGGUAUAUUUCAAGACUUGAUCAAUAUGAUUUUUAUCACUGAUCAGAAUUUGCAAACACAAUUCAGUUUUCAUUGGAUAAUACUUAAAAGCAUGUAUACCAUAUAAGUGGAAUUUUUAGCGAGACACAAAUUUAGCAAUUUUCCCAUAAAAAAAGUGAGAGGCUAUUUUAGUGACUUUAUUAUUCCAGGAAAGAUAAUUAUUGCAUUUGAUGUUACAGUAGUAUAAAUUGUUAGCAAUGUUCAAAUUUAGUGAUCUCAUCAUUCUUGCUAAUAAUGCCAAAUUAAAUCCCUGCUAAAAAAUUUGCUUAUACAGUACCUUACUUAUACAAUGUAAACAAGUGUAAUGAUUUGGUAAAUGUCUAAAUGAUGUAGUAAAAUGAUAUCAAUCUGUUUACCUGAUAAAGAUAUAAGACUCAUGGCAAGACUGAGUGUGACCUAUCAACAGGGGAUGUUUACUCUUCCCAGGCACCUGAUCCCACCUCUGAUGUGUCCAGGGGUCUAUGUUUACCCAACUCUUAAUGUUGUAUUCUUAUAGGAAUUAUGAGAUUGAUCACUGAUUGUUGUCUUUUCUUUUUCAUGCAUGCACCGUAAUAGGUUUUUAGUAGGAGUUCUUUAACCUCUAUAUUAUUAAAAUUCCUGAAACACGUGUGUGCAUGUGCAUUGUUUUUUAACUUGAUAUUUUAGGAUUCACCAUUAUUUCUUCAUUCUUCUUUUAAAUCAUUUGAAAUAUGCCUUGUAGGUAUACAUUAGGACUUGUAUAAUAUACCUGGUUGGCAUGGUCAAAAUUACAUACCAUUAUGUGUAUAUAUAUAUGCACAUUAGCUAAGUUUUUAUUGAAUAAUGCUUAAACGUCUAUAACUUUCUUGUUGUCAAUGAAUUGGUUUGGAAAUUGAACUGUAAAUUUAUAAUAAUUAGGUUAUCGACACAUAGGCAUAGUCAUAAUUUCUGACAAGCAUGUCCGUUCGACUGAUUUGAUUUGAUAAUGCUAUAAUUUGUAUAAUUAUUUUACAAAUGACGAAAAUAAGUGAAAUUCACACUGUUUUUAAUAAUAAUAUACAUGUCAAUUGAACAAUUGACUAUACUGAACAAAACGCACCACUUGGGAGGUGGGGGAUGUUUGAGGAACAUCUGUAACCGUCCCCAAUAAAAUUAGCACUAGUUUAAAUACAAUUAACUUUGGAAAUCUUUAUUGAAGCAAAAGUCAGUACAGUGUACUUUCAAAUUUUUCAAAGAAAGAAAUAAAGGGAUAUUUUACUAUGUCAUUGAAUUCCCCUAUAAUAUAAGUUCCCCAGACCUCAUUUUAGCAUUUAAUGUUGACAACCAUGAAUGAGAAAGGAAUGUGGCCCCAUAACCCACAUACAUGUAGUUCAUAACAGAAGAAAAUACAAGCACAUUAAUUCAUGAGGGUAUGAACUCGCAGUGAUGCUCUAACUUCAUGAAGCAUGUUAGGGCUUCACGAAAAGUAUGCUGGUGUGAAGCAUUGCAGUUUAUACCCUCAUAUAUUUUUAGAAAAUGAAAUUUUUAUAUCAUCUCUGUCAGAAUCCCAAUCGUUAAAAUAGAUGUACUAUAUUUUAUCAAGAUUUAUAGUGCAAUGUUCACAACUGCACUGCAUUCAUGAGGAAAUGGCUAUCAUUACAAUUUGUUAAGAUAUCAAAGGCAAAACCUUGGGAAUGUAAAUAUUUGUUGCAUAUCAUCUAAUUUGUCUGAAUGAUGACAAGAAUCCAUCCUUAAUAUAAUUCUGUCAUUAAAUCUUUUGGUAGAACUUUGUUGUGAAAUAUUUUAAAAAUCCAAAUUAUGAUGUUAUUAAUGUUAAAAAAAAUGCACUAGUACCAGUAUAUACAAUAUGGCAGUGUAAAGGUUAUACUGGGAGCUAGGUCAUUAUUUUUACAUAAAAGAGAGAGAGAUAAAACCCCAGAGAAUUGCAUAUUUCAUGUAUUUACUGCUUGACUUGUCUAGUUUUACAUUUUUUAAAAACAUUUUGUGUUACAAAUGCAAGAAACUUAGAUACUUGCUCUUGGAUCAGGGAAAAGUAAAUAAUUUAGUAUGGAUAAGCAAUAUAAUUAUAUGUUUUUUGUUUUUAAAAACAAUAAGUAAGAAGUAUUUUAAAAUAUCAAUAUCUGUCACCAUAAGGCACUUUAGUGAUAGCAAUUGAGUAGAAGCACAUCACAGAGAAUAUUAAUGAGAGAUUUGCAGAAUUGUAAUGAACUAAUGAGAAGCAUCAAGUUUUCAACAAAUGACAUCUGUUUAAAGGUUCUGGUUUGAAAAGUAUUGG